AUGAGUGAUUCAGAUCAGAAAACUUUCAGCAAAAACUUUAUGGAAGUUUUAAAUAAAAUUUCCGACUCAAAAAUUAAAAGUAUAGAUAAUACGCAGUUAGAUAAAUUGGUGUCACACAUAAAUUUGGAAUUUGAUUUAAAACCAAAUGAUUAUUUAGAAUUACCUGGAUUAUCUAUUUGGUUACUGGAAACAAUUAAAUUAUGGAAAUUUCAAAAUCCAAAAAUACACACGGCUACUUUUCUAUGCCAUUUUAUUGGGAUUUUAUCCAAGCAUUGCAAAGGAUUUGAAUUUAUUCAAAAAGAUGAGAUUUUAAAUGAAUUGUUGGCAACUGUAGAACCUAUUUUAUUAAAUAAUGAUUUGUUAAAAUUAGCAAUUAUAAAAUUAUUUAGAAAUGUACAAAAGAGUAUAGAAUUUUUAAAUGAAUUUUUAAAAAGUACUGAUGGUGACUCGAUCGUUGGUCAAAUGUUGCAAGAAAUUUUGUCUUUACAAUUUGAAAGUAUCGAUUUAACAUAUAUUGUUUCAUCGGUUUACAUUUUACAUCUGAUAACAAAAAUCUUAGUUGACAAUAAUAAGUGUUCAGAAAAUGAAGUCCUUCUUAUUAUACUGAAAGUUUUUGAAAAUUUAUUAACUAAAAACCGAUUUAUUUGCAUCAUUAAUUUGGGAAAAUUUUGCCAAUUACAAUUUGAUGAAAUUAAAACGAAAUUUAAUUCUAACACAUCUGUUCAAUUAUAUUUAGCAGUUCUUCAACUUGUUCCAUUGCUAAGUUAUAAAUGUUCACCAGAAAAUGAAAUAUUUGAAAAAACAAUAGAAAAAUUUUUUAAUUUUUUUAUACCUGACUGUAAAAUUUAUAUUAAUUCAUUUGGAAAUAAAAUACAAACUCAUGAAAAUUUAAAAAAUUUGGCUGUGAGAGGUUUGUUAAAUGUUUGUUCAAAUCUGCAAUGCUUAGAUUUGAGGGAAGUAACAGUAUUGUUAAACUUUCUUGUAUUUGUGUUAAAUAUGUUUUUCUACGAUGAAAUAAAUUUUCAAUGUUUCGAUGAACCUGUCAAUAAAAAGUUUAAAAAGGAAUUACAUAAUCCUGCAGAUGAUAUUUCAGUAAUUUCAGCAAUAAUAAAAUCAUUGUCUUUACUAAUAGAAAAGUUUAAUGUUAAUAAAGUUGAAUUUAAGGAUAAUUUUGAUCUAAUAAAACUUACUAGUCAAUUGUUACAAAAUGAAAAAUUAUCAUCUGUUGUGAUUGUCGAUACUUUAUCGUUAGUAAAACGAAUAAUUGUUAACAUUGCUUCAGUAAAUAAUUCGAGUUUGAUUGACAUAAUUGAAGAAAAAAAUUUUUUCACUUUAAUUAAAUCAGUUAUAAAUGGAGAUAUUGAAAGUUACGUUAGAGCGUCUGCCAUAAGAGCUUUAUCCGCAUUACUUAAAAUAAAUAAAAUAAGAUUUUCCGUAAAUUUGUUAAAUUUAUCUUCCGAAAUUAUUGUUUUAAUACAAAGGGAAACGGAAGGGAUUGUGCGGCAAGAAGGUGUAUUAUUGUUAAAACAAAUUUACUCUUAUUUUAAUGAAGGAACCAAACAAUUAAAAGUUUUUUUUGAAACGAUGAGUUAUUUAGCUAUUUGCGAUUUGCAUUGGGAAGUUAAAAUUAAUGCUCUUCUUUUUUGGGAAGCUGCCAUUAUUAAAGUACUAGUUGCUCAUGGUAUUCCUGUCGACUCUGAAAAGAAAAAAAAUAUUAAUAUUAGUGAUGAAAGUAUUAUCGAAACUUUAUACAAUGCAUUAAAUCAAUUAUCUAAAAUUGGUUGCUUGUAUGUUCUUUUAUCAACUUUAAUAAACGAUUGUGAUUUUCAAGUUGUUCAGAUAUCAGCUAAAAUAACAUCUAAUUUAUUAGAUAUUUUAAAAUCUUACUGCAACCUAAACAAACUGAUUAAUUUUAAUGAGAGUCAAAACUCUCAUGAAUGUACAUCUGAAAAUACAAACCUAAAUUUAUUAUUUGAAAAUACAGACGUAAAUAAUUUCAAUAUGGAAACAAGAAAUGAUCAUAUUGAAAAAACCAUUUCUAAUUCUGAAGCAGUAAUCGAUGAAAUAGUCAAAGAAGGAGAUUUAAGUUUACUCGUUAACAUUCAAAAAAAUUGUAAAAGUGAUCAGUCUUACACUAAUAAAAUUCUGUUGCAAGAGUUAAAACCUGAAAAGUUUUUAAAAAUGUUGCAAAAUUUUCAUUAUAAUGAAUUUUUAAAUGAAAAGAAAAAAUGGUGGAAUAUUCAUAUGGAUGUUAAUUCUUUAUUGGAAGACAUUAUUAAAUCUAAUACAGAAUGUGAAGCGAAUACAUUAGAUUGUUAUUAA